GCCGGUGCUGGGAGGCAUGAGAGCCACUGUCCAGCUCAAGUGCCAUUGACACUUCACAGUGCUGUCCCCUGACGUCGACGCUGCUGGUGCUGCCGCCUUCUCUGCUCCAAGCUACUUGCUGCCCGAGAGGCGUCAUGGGCUUCUGGAAGUUCUCCCCCUUCCUGCCUCUUAGCAUCUUGGUCUUGUACCAGGCAGGCGUCCUCCAGGCAGCACCAUUCAGGUCUGCUGUGGAGAGCCGCCUGAAUCCUGCUGUGCUCACUGAGGAGGAAUCGCAACUCCUACUGGCUGCGCUGGUGAAGGACUAUGUGCAGAUGAAGGCCAGUGAGCUGGAGCUGGAGCAGGAGACAGAGGGCCCCAGCCUGGACAGCCCCAGAGCUAAGCGGUGCGGUAAUCUGAGUACCUGUGUGCUGGGCACAUACACGCAGGACCUCAACAAGUUUCACACGUUCCCUCAGACUGCAAUUGGGGUCGGAGCGCCUGGCAAGAAAAGGGUCAUGGCCAGAGGCUUGGAGAGAGACCACGGCCCUCACAUUGGCAUGCCACAGGAUGCCUACUAAGCCCCUCCCUCUCCUUGCUAAUUUCCUUUCUGGCUUCCUUCCUAUAACUUGAUGCAUGUGGUCCUCUCUGCUUGCUCUUCGGGCUGGUAUCAGUGGCUUUUUUAUAGCAGUGAAUGUCUGGAACCUCAGUUGGGAGGAGAGAGAGCAGGACCUACAGGCCAGAAGAGAAUCACCCAAGAAGUGAUCAGAGAGGGAAAGGGGGCAGCCCUAUGAGUCCCCAAGGAUUUCAUAGCAGAGCUUCUCAGUCCUGCUUCUGAAUGUGCUUGUCAUUGAGGAAUAAAAGUAUAUUUC